AUGGGGGCACCCGGGGGUGUCACCCGGUGUCACCCGGUGUCACCUGGGGUCACCCGGGGUCACCUGGGGUCACCUGGGGUCACUCGGGGUCACCUGGGGUCAUGUGGGGUCACCCCUUUGUCACCCAGUGUCUUUGUGUCACCCCCCCGGUCACCCAAUGUCAGCCUUUUGUCACCCAGUGCCACCCAAUGUCACCCUCAUGUCACCCCCUUGUCACCCAACGUCACCCUCAUGUCACCCAGCGCCACCCAGUGUCACCUUAGUGUCACCCAGUGUCACCCAAAGCCACCCAAUGUCACCCAUUGUCACCCUACGUCACCCCCUUGUCACCCAACGUCACCCUUAUGUCACCCAGCAUCACCCUAGUGUCACCCAGUGUCACCCCCGUGUCACCCAGUGUCAACCUUGUGUCACCCAAUGUCACCCAAUGUCACCCUACGUCACCCCCUUGUCACCCAAUGUCACUCUCACGUCACCCAGUGUCACCCAGUGUCACCCGGUGUCACCCAGUGUCACCCUACGUCACCCCCUUGUCACCCAACUUCACCCCCGUGUCACCCAACGCCACCCUUGUGUCACCUAGCGUCACCCUCAUGUUACCUCUUGUCACCCAACUUCACCCCCUUGUCACCCAGUGUCACCUUAAUGUCACCCCUAUAUCACCCAACGUCACCCCUGUGUCACCCAGUGUCACCCAACAUCACCCUUGUGUCACCCAGUGUCACCCUUGUGUCACCCAGUGUCACCCAGUGUCACCCAACGUCACCCUCGUGUCACCCCUUGUCACCCAGCUUCACCCCUGUGUCACCCAAUGUCACCUUCUUGUCACCCAACGUCACCCAAUGUCACCCCCAUGUCACCCAACCUCAUCCUUGUGUCACCUGGGGCCGCCCAGUGUCACCCAACGUCACCCUUGUGUCACCCAGUGUCACCCAACUUCACCCCCUUGUCACCCAACGCCACCCUUGUGUCACCCAAAGCCACCCCAAUGUCACCCCUUGUCACCCUACGUCACCCCCUUGUCACCCAAUGCCACCCUCAUGUCACCCAGCAUCACCCUAGUGUCACCCAAUGUCACCCUCAUGUCACCCAACACCACCCUUGUGUCACCCAACGUCACCCAGUGUCACCUUAAUGUCACCCAACGUCACCCAGUGCCACCCAACAUCACCCCCGUGUCACCCAUUGUCACCCAACGUCAACCUUGUGUCACCCAAUGUCACCCCUUGUCACCCUGUGUCACCCCCUUGUCACCCGAUGUCACCCUCGUGUCACCCAACACCACCCUUGUGUCACCCCCUUGUCACCCGAUGUCACCCUUGUGUCACCCAACCUCAUCCUUGUGUCACCCAAUGUCACCCAACCUCAUCCUUGGGUCACCCAGUGUCACCCAACGUCACCCUUUUGUCACCUGCGGUCACCCAACGUCACCCAGUGUCACCCAACGCCAGCUCCGUGUCACCCAGCAUCACCCUAGUGUCACCCAGUGUCACCCCCGUGUCACCCAAUGCCACCCAACGCCACCCAAGGUCACCCUACAUCAUCCCCUUGUCACCCAAUGUCACCCUCAUGUCACCCAACGCCACCCAGCAUCACCCAGUGUCACCCAAUGUCACCCAACUUCACCCUCGUGUCACCUGGGGUCACCCAGCGUCACCCAGCAUCACCCAGUGUCACCCAAUGUCACCCAACUUCACCCUUGUGUCACCUGGGGUCACCCAGCGUCCCCCAGUGUCACCCAACUUCACCCCCUUGUCACCCAAUGUCACCCUCAUGUGACCCAACGCCACCCAGUGUCACCCAGUGUCACCCAGUGUCAACCUUGUGUCACCCAAUGUCACCCUACGUCACCCCCUUGUCACCCAAUGUCACCCUCAUGUCACCCAACGCCACCCUUGUGUCACCCAGUGUCACCCAAUGUCACCCAACCUCAUCCUUGUGUCACUUGGGUCACCCAAUGUCACUCUCAUGUCACCCCACGCCACCCAGUGUCACCCAGCGUCACCCAGCAUCACCCAGUGUCACCCAAUGUCACCCAACUUCACCCUUGUGUCACUUGGGGUCACCCAGUGUCACCCAGCGUCACCCCUUGUCACCCCAACUUCACCCCCUUGUCACCCAAUGUCACCCUCAUGUCACCCAACGCCACCCAGUGUCACCCAGUGUCACCCAGUGUCAACCUUGUGUCACCCAAUGUCACCCAGCGCCACCCAGUGUCACCCUACGUCACCCCCUUGUCACCCAACUUCACCCCCUUGUCACCCAAUGCCACCCUUGUGUCACCCAGUGUCACCCAAUGUCACCCAACCUCAUCCUUGUGUCACUUGGGUCACCCAAUGUCACCCUCAUGUCACCCAACGCCACCCAGUGUCACCCAGCAUCACCCAGUGUCACCCAAUGUCACCCAACUUCACCCUUGUGUCACCUGGGGCCACCCAGUGUCACCCAACGUCACCCAAUGCCACCCAACGUCACCCAGUGUCACCUUAAUGUCACCCAACGUCACCCAGUGCCACCCAACAUCACCCCCGUGUCACCCAGUGUCACCCAACGUCAUCCUUUGGUCACCUGGGGUCACCCACGUCACCCAGUGUCACCCAAUGUCACCCAGUGUCACCCAAUGUCACCCAAUGCCACUCCUGUGUCACCCAGUAUCGCCCCAGUGUCACCCAGUGUCACCCAACGUCACCCUUUGGUCACCUGGGGUCACCCAACGUCACCCAGUGUCACCCAAUGUCACCCAGUGUCACCCAAUGUCACCCAAUGCCACUCCUGUGUCACCCAGUAUCACCCCAGUGUCACCCAGUGUCACCCAAUGCCACCCAGUGUCACCCAGUGUCAACCUUGUGUCACCCAAUGCCCCCCAACGCCCCCCCACGUCACCCAGUGUCACCCACCACCCCACCCCGUGUCACCCAACGUCACCCAACGUCCCCCCCUAACGUCCCCCCA